UAUUCUAGUGUUAUCGAUUCAAUAUCCUUCAUACCCCUACUUAAGUAGUGUUCAAUUAGACAUUCUUACUCGUUACUAGUCUUUAUUUUUUUCUCACAUCCUUAUCAUAUCAAAACAUGGUUAACUUAUUUAAUCGUAGGCGGAAACAAGAUACAGCCUAUCAAGGCUUUGCAAAGUAUAAUACUGAAAUCAACAAUUAUCAAUCAUCUCAAAACACAGUGGCAGGUUUACCUAAUUCAAGUGCAAAUCGAAAUCAAUCGUUUGCUAAUGGUGCAGGCCAAGCUGCCGUUGCUGCUCUUCGAAUUCAUCAACAACAACAGCAACAAGCUAAUAAUCCUCAACCUAUAAGACAACCACAACAACCUGCAAGAAGAACUAAUUCAUUAACUUCAAGUAGUUAUAUACAAGCCCAAAGAACAAACUCUUUAAGAUCAUAUACUUAUCACCCUAAGGGUUCCUAUACCCCGGGUCAACCUGCCAAUAUCAAUAAUGCAAGAAGAUUUAAUAGUUUAACCAAUUCAAGUAUAAAUUCAGUCCCUAACACAUCAUCAAGACCUACUUCAGUAGCGAAACGUUCACCUUAUGCUCAGAAUCCUCAUAAUGUCAUUAAUGAAUUAAAUGAUGAUAUCGAUGAAAAUAUCGAUUUGGCUGAUGAUGAUAUGAUAAUUACAACCAAAACAACUAGAGUUGUUGAUUCUCAAGGUAGAACUCAAUCCAUUACUACUCAAACUAUAAAGACAUUGCCUGAUGGAUCAAAUAUUAUCGAAACCACCAGUAAGAAUAUAUCAAGAAGUAAUUCAAGAGCAAAUUCUUUAAAUUCAAAUAAUUUAAGACAUAAUUCAAUUCUUUCAUCAUCAAUUAAUAAUCCUAAUCCAGCCUUAACUAAAAUUGAAGAAGAUUUACAAAACUUUGAAUAUGAUUAUCAACUCGAUAAUAAACAAGAUCAUCAAGAUUUAAGAUUAAAUAUUCCUAACCAUAAUAAUGUCUCACAACCAGUAGUCAAUAAUAAUAAUAAUAAUAACCUUGGAUCUCCAUUUCAAGAAGCUCAAGCUGCUUUCCAAGAAGAUUCUCCAAAUCACAAUAAAGAAUUAAUCACUCCAGUUAUUGAUAGACCUAUACAAAAGACACUUUCUCAAGACUCAUCACCUACCAAACCACUUCGUUCCAUUUUGAAAAAUAGUGCUCGUCCAAAAUUUGAAGAUGAAGAAACUCAAUAUCAACAAGAUCAAGAAUUACCAUCACCAGAUUUACCUGCAAAUGCAAUUCAUGUUAUGGAUCAACCAAAAAGCUUAUCUCAACCACCUCAAUUCAAAGUACCUAUUGGUCCAGUUAUCUUAGAUCCUCCAAGACAUGCAACUAAAUUAUUUUCUCCAAAAACUUCAAGACAAGAAAGUGAAGAUUUAAGAUCAACUGCAAGUACAACUGCUUCACCUCCAAGUUCCAUCAAAUUUGUGGAUAAAGUUGAAACUAUUCCAAUAUAUCAUCAUCCUCAAGAACAUCAAUCUCCUAAGAAAGCUAAACCUAUUCAACCUAAUUACGAUGCUGAUUUUUAUGCUGCUGCAAUGCAAGCUGCCUAUAAGAGAGUUUAUGGAGAAGCUGGUCCUCCUCCACCUGCUGCAGCACCUACUCAACCAGUUCAAUCUUCAAAACAAGAACAUUCCAUAUUUCAUAAGAGUGAUAAGAGAAAAUCAACCGCCAAUGCUCCAGUGAUUAAAACUCCAACACUUUCCAAACAUGAAGUUGAAGCAAUCGAUGGUAAUUAUAAAUAUGAAAAUCAUUACAAAAGCUUUUCAUCUCAUUCUAUGAGAAAUGAUCCAGUCAAGAAAUCAACGAGAAGAGAGAGAAAACAAGAACCGGAACCUAUUCCUGAACCAGUACCUGAAGUUAUUGAAGCUCAACCACCAUCAACUGAAAGUUCACCAGGUAAGAAGAAGCGAUUUGGAUUUUUCAGCAGAAGUAAGAAGAAUAAAGCUGAAAAGGAUAAUAAGAGUUUCAGAUCAAAUGCUAGUAUUAAUGAACCUCCAUCUCAAAUUCGUGAACAACCUUUCAUAAGUGCUCCAGUGACUGAAGAAGUACCUCAACAAGUAGCGCCACAAGCAUCAAAACCAGUUUAUCAAGAACCAGUUUCACAGCCUCCACCAUCACAACCACAAGCAACGGCUCCAGUAGUUGCUCCAGUUUAUCGUCAACCAGUCUUACAACCACCGCAAGUGCAACCAGUAGCUUCUCCAAUUACCCCAAAGGUUGAAACACCAUCUGUACCAGCAGUUCCUACGUUAAAGGCAAAGGAAUUCAUACAACCAACAGCGCCGGAAAUUAUUCAUGAUGAUUCAAUUCCAACUGAAACUGAAGUACAAGCAGAAACUCCAAAAACGGCUCAUGCUUUUAGAAACUUGACUCCAGGUGGAUUUGGAGGAGUUAUUGCUAGUACAUCUGGAUCUCCACCAAAAGAACUGAUUCAAGCUGCGGUGGGUAGUUUUGUUACUAAACAAGAUUCGGUUGAAAAGCAAGCUGAACCUCUUGUGUCUGAUGAUUCCGAACCAAUUCCAGUUCCAAAAUUAAGUACGAUUGAUCCUCAUGAUGAAGAAUUUUCGGGUGAUGAAGAGGAAGAAGAUGUUUCUGAAAGAAAAGAUGAAAAUAUUGCUGUUGGGCCUAUUGCUCCUACUGUUCCAGUAGCUAAAGAAGUUGAUCAUCAAGUACCAGCAGUUGUUCAACAGGCUGAACAAGAUAUCAAGAGGCCAACUGAAACUACAAUUGAAGAACCAGAAUUGAAACAAGUGGAAGAGCCAGUCGUGGAAGAACCAAUAGUCCAUCAAGUGGAAGCUCCAGUUGUCCAACAAGUUGAACAGCCAAUUCAACAACAGGUACAAGAGCCUCCAGUUGUUCAUGAAGCUGAGAAAGCCAUUAAUUACCAACAUGAAGACUCACUUCAAAGUAGUCCAAUUCAUGAUGAGAUUCAUCCCAACGGUGAUGUCAUUGCUUACAAUGGAAAUGGUGUGUCCAAUAACGAUGAAAUUAUUGAAAAGGAUCGUCAAGAUGCAUCACAAUCUGAUGAAACCAUUGUCGAUAAUACAUCCCAACAUAAUUUAAAGAAUGAUUUAGAAUCAAAACUUCCCAAGCAUGAAUCUACACCUAAUCAAACUGAUGUAGUAGUUAAAGAAAAACGUGCUAAGAAAACCAGCAAAUUUAAACAAAAUAUUUAUAAAUAUUUUAUAAAAUCCUAUGAUCGUUAGGUAAAUUAAUAUCGUUAAUGUUUCAUUUCUAAAUAAUAAUAUCCUCUACUUUGUAUUAAUAUAAAUAA